AUGAAAGGCAAAGACCUGCUAGGAAUAAUCGCAGAAGAAGAGUACGGAGACCAAGAAGCCAGCGACGUUAUUGAAGACAAGAAUUUUUCCACAAACUCAACCCCAGGAACCAAAUCCACAACAAGUUCAAGCCCUGUCCUUGAAGAAAACAAAGAAUAUUCAAAAAGCGUUCAAAAUCCAAUAGAAGCUGCUGAGAACUAUAAUAUCAAUCCUAAAGCAAAUACUGAUUUAUGAGAAGCAGUCGAAAGAAAUGACAUUAUAGCCUGAUCCCUGCUUUGGUUUGGGCUUGACUGACAUCAGGAAACGUUAGAUAGGGAGUUGACGAAUCAACUUUUGCUAGCAAAGUCAAUAUCCCAGAUGGCAAAUCCUUUUGAUGUUUGGAGAUUUAUCAUCUGGGGAGUUAAUUUGCCAGAAACCGUUGGUUCGUCAACUCUUCAUCUGACGUUUUCGACAUCAGUCAAGCCAGAUCCAAAGCACGGAUGGACUAUAUCAGAAUAAAAGAAUUACUUGAUAGGUCAAGAUAUGGAGAAAUGGUAGCUCAGCCUAACGCAAGAGGUUUAAACGACUGGACUUCUCUCCAUCUUGCGUCAUCAUAUGGGUUUUUAGAAGCCUCAGAAAUCUUAAUUUCCAUAGGAAAUAAAACAAAUAUUGAUGCCCUGACCAGUAUGAAUAGGACUCCUCUGCAUUUAGCAGCACUUCAUGGGCAUCUUGGAGUAGCUCAGCUAUUAGUGCAGAAAGGCGCAAAUAUAAAUGCAAAAGAUGACGAUAAUAGCACCCUGCUUCAAUAUACAUAAAAUGGCUGGAGACAAGGAGCCUGACCCUCAAUGACAGGCGACCUUAUGUAUACCAGGCAUGGUUUUUGAGCUGUGUUUAUGGCCCAGCUAUAGCAAGUACCCCGAAGCGAGGGACUUGAGACCGGAAGCCGCUGUUUUUUGGUCCUGACUCCAUGAGCAGUUAAAUGCAACUUUUUUUGCUAGCUGCGCCCAGCCAAGUGAGUGUCCGAUAUGAGACAGACGGCAUACCAGAAGCUGCAACUGUGGUAUGUCCGAAUGGUGAAAGCUGAUAAAUUAUUUCUUUGGAUGACCGGAAAAGAGGGGAGGCAAAUUAGACGAACAAACGGAAGACCGUCCAGUUGAAAAUAGUUGCAAAACAGCUAUGCUUUGCCUCUCCACAGGACUUCACUGUGGAGCGCGUGUGCCUAUGACAAGCAGCCUUAAAACAAGCUACUAAAUUUAAUCUAAUCUAAUAGCACCCCGCUUCACUAUGCGGCGAUACAUGGGGAUAUUGCAAUUGUUUCGUGAUUGCUUAAAGCAAACCCUGAUAUCACAAUUACUGACUACUUGGAUAGGACCCCAGCUGAUGUAUCUCCUAGUAUAGAAAUCUAUAAAGAAUUUGUCAAUUAUUGCCAAAAGCUAAAUCUGCCUGUUCCUAGCUCUCAUUAUACAAGGACUCCUUUUUAUAGUGUUCUUUUGCAUAACUCCAGAGACGACCAAAUCAACAGAAUGCUCGCAAAAUGUACAAAGAAACCUGCAUUAAGAGACCUUAAUCUUUUUAACGAGCGACCAAAGCUACUUAUAAGGCCUGAAAAGAAAGCAAUUUCAAUGUCCCCUCCUAAGCUUGUAUUGCCUCCUUCCAAAGUGGGCCCUCACGAUUUUCGUGGACUAAUGCAGCUUGGCAAAGGCAGCUUCGGCGAGGUAUGGGAUUUUUCCAUGGAUGGCGCUAUUUUGGCCUUGAUUUUCCCACUGGGAAAAUUUUUGGGUUUGACCAAACCAUAUGGUACUGGUCGAACCAAAAAUUUUUUCCAGUGGGAAAAUCAAGGCCAAACAGCGCUAUCCACAGGAAAUUACAAUAUAUUUAGUCGAGAAAAAAGACACCCAAGAAGUCUUCGCUUUAAAAGUCCUAAAAAAAGAAAAGGUUUUCGGCAGCAAUUUAGUAAGAUAUGCGUUUACUGAAAGAAACAUUUUGCUUAAACUGUCCCAUCCAUUUAUUGUUAAGCUAAAUUACGGCUAACGGGGAUUACUUAAAUUAUAGUAAAAGGUAGUUUUUAGUGAACAAUGACAGAGGAAUUCUGUAAACUAAGCGAAGCGGUAUCUUUGUAAACUAUCGAGGCAGAAAACUCAAAAAUUAAUUCUAUAUAGAAAUUUAACGGUAAUUUUUUUAAAAAAAAAACCGGAAAAAUCUAAAUUAUCAAAAGAGGGAUAUUUGCUAAAUUAAGUCAGAACAGCGUUUUAAAAGAAACAUAAGCAAAGUAUUUUACCAAAUUCUAGAGAAGAUAAUUUAAAUAAAUUAUGGAUGUGGAGCCUGCAAUUUUUUAAUAAAAGCUUACUUAGCUAUUUACUUAAAUUCCAGUUAGAGUAGUUAUCCAAAUUACGUUGAGCUACAUUUUAUAAAUUUUACUAUAUUUAUGCCUUUUUUGUGAGAUAAUUUUAAAAUAUAUAACUAACCUCUAUAUAUGCUGGCUGCUAACUAAAUCAUUAUCAAAAUAAUUUUUUUUACGUCUCUCCUAGUCAGUAUUUAUAGUGGGUUUUUACCAAUAAUUCGAAAAGAACCUAGCAAACAAAGUUAAUUAAGUCCUCCUUAAGUAAUUUAUUUAAGUUUUUUGAUAUUUUGAAUGGCGUCAAAGUGUAUACUAGUUAUGAUAAAUUCACGCAAAACUCAUGUUUAAUUUAUCUUAUUUAUAUGUUUAUAUUUUCCAAAUAUUUAGUUAGCAGCCAGCAUAUAUAGAGGUUAGUUAUAUAUUUUAAAAUUAUCUCACAAAAAAGGCAUAAAUAUAGUAAAAUUUAUAAAAUGUAGCUCAACGUAAUUUGGAUAACUACUCUAACUGGAAUUUAAGUAAAUAGCUAAGUAAGCUUUUAUUAAAAAUUGCAGGCUCCACAUUCAUAAUUUAUUUAAAUUAUCUUCUCUAGAAUUUGGUAAAAUACUUUGCUUAUGUUUCUUUUAAAACGCUGUUCUGACUUAAUUUAGCAAAUAUCCUCUUUUGAUAAUUUAGAUUUUCCGGUUUUUUUUUAAAAAAAUUACCGUUUAAAUUCUAUAUAGAAUUAAAUUUUUGAGUUUCUGCCUCGAUAGUUUACAAAGAUACCGCUUCGCUUAGUUUACAGAAUUCCUCUGUCAUUGUUCACUAAAAACUACCUUUUACUAUAAUUUAAAGUAAUCCCCGCUAGCCCUAAAUUACUCAUUCCAGACACCUGAAAAAUUGGUCCUUGUGAUGGAUUUUUGUCCUGGAGGGGAUUUAGGGAUGUAUCUGUCAAGAGAAAAAAGGUUUAAUGAAGAUAAAGCUAAGUUUUAUAUUACGGAAAUACUAUUAGCGCUUGAAGAGCUGCAUAAGCAUGAAAUCCUUUUUAGAGAUUUAAAGCCUGGAAAUGUGGUGCUUGAUAAAGAUGGCCAUGCAAGACUGACUGAUUUUGGGCUUUCUAAAGAAGGGGUAAGUGAUGGGCAGCUAAAUCGGUCAUUUUGUGGGUCUAUUGCUUAUUUAGCACCUGAAAUGCUGAGAAGGGCUGGCCAUACACGUUCAGUAGAUUGGUAUUUAUUAGGAGUUUUGCUGUAUGAAAUGAUGGUUGGUUCUCCUCCUUAUUAUUCUCAUAACCGAGAAGAAUUAUUCAAUAAUAUUCAAAGAGGAAAACUGAGAUUCCCCAAAAAUCUGUCAGAAAACGCAAAAUCACUGAUAAAGCAGCUGCUGAAUCGUGACCCAAGCAAGAGGCUUGGAGCUUCUAAAAGAGACGCUGAUGAAAUAAAAGAGCAUCCUUUCUUUGAAAAUAUAGAUUGGAAUGCAUUUCUGAAUAAGACGGUCACUGCGCCUCCAAUUCAUCAAUCUAAAAGGAUGUAUCGAGACAUUACGACUGAAAGGAUGUUUGGGAAAUUAGAAGAAGAAGCCACGCCUGCUCAAAGGCUUGAUGGCUGGUCUUUUAUGACACCGAGUUAA